CAUAUGAGAACAGCAUCAUUCUGAGCGCACGGACCGAGGACUUACAGUUGCAGGUUUCCUUUGCUUGUCAAUUCGUCUAGUUUUAUUCCGUAGGCUAUUUUGAAUUUCACAAUGAAGGAGAGGAGACUUACCCAGCCUUUUGUGGCGAGAUGUAAACUUGUGUUAGUUGGAGACGUUCAAUGCGGAAAAACGGCAAUGUUGCAAGUCUUGGCCAAGGACUGCUAUCCAGAGACCUAUGUUCCAACAGUGUUUGAAAAUUACACAGCCUGUCUUGAGCUUGAGGACCAGCGCGUGGAGCUUAGUCUUUGGGACACCUCAGGCUCUCCAUAUUAUGACAAUGUGCGACCCCUCUGCUACAGUGACUCAGACGCGGUUCUUCUAUGUUUUGACAUCAGCAGACCGGACACAGUGGACAGUGCACUGAAGAAGUGGAAGACAGAGAUCCUUGAUUUCUGCCCCAGCACACGCAUCCUCCUGAUUGGCUGUAAGACAGACCUGCGCACAGACGUAUGCACGCUGAUGGAGCUGUCCAAUCAGAAGCAGACUCCCAUCUCCCAUGAGCAGGGUUCAUCCAUGGCUAAGCAGUUGGGAGCGGAGGCCUACCUGGAGUGUUCAGCUUUCACCUCAGAGAAGAGCAUCAACAGUGUGUUCCGCACAGCAGCCUUGGCCUGCCUCAACAAGCUGCAGCCCUCAUCCAAACCUAGUCCCACCCGACGCCUCUCCAAGAGGCUCCUCCACCUGCCCAGCAAGUCUGAGUUGCUCUCCUCCACCUUCAACAAGGAUAAGGCCAAAAGCUGCUCCAUCAUGUGAAUAAGAUGGCUGCUGGGUAGAGGCAUUCCAUUGGUUGGUUCAGUUGACUGGAGGGUACGGGAUGCUUGGAGAUGAGGGGAUUUGGGUGAAAAAAAGAGGACAACAUUUUCUCCAGACCCCUCUCUCCUCCACAUCCUGCCUACCCUCGCUGACGACCCCCAUGUGGUCAUCUCUUUACUGUAGCUUCACACUGCCACAUGAUCCUCACCCCACCCACGUUCCAACAUACAUAUUAGUAAACCUGAGUGUGAUCGAUACUCAGUUUCUCUGCCCUUUCAACUCCAAAGGUGGUUGUAAACACUGCAUUUGAUUACAUUACGUUGAUGAGACCUUUUCAGAAUGCAGUGGUGUGUGCUUUCUCCUAUCCAUCUCCAUCUUAGUGUUAAUAUAAAAACGUGAUACCUGCUGAAAAGGCUCAGAUGGACACCUACAGUCAUGUGGUACAGAAGACUGAAAAAGAGGGGCCUGUAGAGUAAGUCCUUAGACUCCAUAACCUCAGUAGUACUACAUCCAAAAAGUUACCUUUGUAAAGGACAGUGGGGUAUGGGGGAGGGAUAUGGCAAGCACUGUCUUCAGUAGAAGCUGUGGGAAGGAUGAAGCACAACCAGGACUGAAGCAGUACAAUGUGACUCCUCACUCACAUGGGCCACCAACAGUCUCGGGAGGGCAUGCUGUGACAGAUAAGACGGAGAGCCAUAUAAAGGAUGCGGGUAUUUGUUUUUGUCACCCUUCCUCCCCUUUUAUGAGUUGCCAUCCAUCUCAGUUCUAAUGGCCUCUCUUCUGUAUCCCCGUUAUUACCUCAGGUAUUGAUUGAGGUUCUAGAAUGUGCUGUUCAUUAUUAUUUCUCUCGUGAUGCAGUAAAUGCUGCUCUUUGGACAGCGGCAUUACCUGUUCUCUUGAGGAAAUAUAUUAAGAAAUCUUGAUUUCACAUCAGCCCUUUCAUGUCCAUCUGUUUACUCUGAAAUGCCAAAAGCAGAAAGACCCCUGGCUAAUGUAAGAUUUGGAUCAUUUCUCUUUCUAAAAUCUUCUGACUUGUGGUUACAUAAACCUUGAGCUUUUAUCUGUAACAUCGAAAGAGUCAAGUAACCAUGAUGCCUAAACAAGCUGAAUCGUGCCUGGGAUCAGCUAAAUCUAGGUCCUCCUCCUGUGGCAAGGGUGACAGCCCAUCUGGGGUUCGUCAUUCCAAUAGUCUGGCUAGUUGCCUUGAAAAAAGAAGGUGUCUCUUUCAACUGAGUGUUCUUGUGGGUGUCUGGAUCAUGAUACGGGAGGUGGGUUUUAAUACAAAUGAACAAACAGGCUGGUCCUGUAUGGAGAAAGUUGUUUUAACAUUUUCUUCUCACUUAUUAUUUGUGAUUGGUGAUUAUUUCUGUUUUCAGAAAUACCCUUCUUAAAACUAUUUGUUGUUAUCUUUGUUGAGGUCCUUAUUGAAUUUUCUGAAGUAAUAUGGUUUUAGGGGCUGCCAACAGCUGACUAAUUGAGAAUGGGUGAUUUGUAGGUUUGCACAGAGGCUCAGAGUUCCUCGCCAUACAGAACACUGGAAUUUAAUGUGUUGCCUAGCAACACCAUGAGCAGGGCAAGAGCUGAGUCCUGGUUACUGGGAUGCCAUGGUUCCUGUGUCUGAGAGAGAAGGAUGGCUCUCCAGCAGGGAGCCUCACUUUUCAUUUUGUAGCAUCAGACAGGGGCCUUCUCUCACCAUGCUGAUGGCUGGACAGAUAACAAACUGUAAUCAUCCCCAAACUGGUGGUGGCAGUUUUGGGCCUUUUGGAAACAACAUAACCAUUAGUAGGCUAUAGUGCGUAGCAUGACCUUACAUCUGCCAGAGCUGUUAAGACAAAGUCAAUUUGACUGAGAGAUCAUGUCACAAAGGAAUCUCGUUUAUUUUCUGUGGACAGACUUUCUAUGGUUGUAGAUAUUUCUUUGUUGAGAUGGUUGUUGAACUCCAAAGGAUGUUAUCAAAGGAAGCUGGUGUCAAGAUGAGUGAUAGACCUAAUCAAGUCUCAUCGGAUGUGUCGCCAGGUUGGUUUGAGAAUGGAGUUAGCUUGUAUUGUUGAUGUUUAGGCACCUGGAAUGACCAGUUAAACCAUGAAAUAUUAUUGUUCCCGGCGUGUUUUACAGUUUCCUAUAGGUGUUCGCUUAAUUUAUUCAAUACUGUAUCACUCGUAAUUUUAUUUGAUGUGCAGUAGGCUAAAGCCUUGCCCUAAACUAUGUUGAAGACCUGUGCUUUUAACCAUCCUUUUCAUUUAUUGUUAAUUAAUCUGAAUAAAGAUAAUGUAUCUGUUCUUCAGAUACAUUACUUUUCUGCCUUUUUAUUCUUGGAGACUCACAACACGUGUCACAGAUGCACAUUCUGUAGUAAGGAGAACUCAGACACCGGCAGCCCACGAAAAUAUAAAUUGAUAAAAUUGACAAAAGCAUCAAACCACAACACAGCAAUAACAGCACAAAAGCAUUGUCAUACACAAAACGUUUGCCAAAACGCAGAAUUUCAAAUCAAGUGUAAUAAUGCUUUUGUGUUGUCACUUAAUGCUGAGGUUUUGUACAUGUUCGUUUUUUCCAAUUAUCUUCUGUUAAUGCUAUUAUGUCAAGGAUUAAUGUUAUUGUGUUGUGAGCUUUUGUUUUCUUCGCUAAUGUUGUUUUGAAUAAAAACUAGAAUUGAUUGUCAUGGCUGAUAACAUAUUACAAAUGUGCAGUCAUGAUUAAUGCAAUUGAAGACUAUGCUGUAGGCCUAGUUGAAUGCCUAAGUCUUAACAUUUGGAAGAAAAAGCAGCAUGAGCACAGGACAGAAAGUUAUAAUUAUAUGAAUGAUUCUUAUAGUUUAUUCUCUUUCAAAGGGAGCUCUUAAGCUUUAACCAUAGCAAUCUACAUAUGAAUAACCACUAAAACAAGCAGUAAAGUGUUUCUGUAUGAAAUUGGAUUCCAGAUUGAAGAUAUGUAGAGUUACAGAGAAAUGUUUGAUAACUGGGCUGGUCACUGCUCAUUGUUAGGUUUUCUGGAGGACUGAUGUUGCUGUUAUACAUUCACCAAGAGACUGAUGUAACAGCAGAAUAUUAUGCAAUGGUCAGGGUCACAUAGUAUUCCAAAAAUCCUUACUGGCCCCCUUUAUAGUGUUUCAUUGUCAAUAAA